AGAAUUGGGCUGUUAUUAUUUUUGUUUGGGCCAUCUAAUUCAAUGCAACCGUCACCCUCGAUUUGAAAUCAAAUAGAACGCUCUUUCCGUCUCUGCUCUCUGUGUAUUAUUAAGAGCUUUCACUUCUCCCCUCUCUUCCAGUGAGAUACUGAGAUUAUCACAUUUAUUUUGUGAUCAUCGUGAAUCUUAAUCGUCCAUUUGGACGGCAAGAGAAGCACAACCGGAGAUGUCUCCACCAACGAAUGCGGUCCGUACUAUCUCUCAGGAGGCGUUUGACGAGCUUGUGAAGGAGAACAUGGACGACCUUGGGAUGGACCCAGCUGAGUCCCUUCAAGAUGCCAUCGAAACUCUUACCCUCCAGGGUGUUGAUCUCUCAGGGAUUGUCACUUGCGUACCAGGAGAGGGUGGUGUAGAUGAUAAUCCAGUGAUACAGUGUUUAAAUAAACUGAAAGCAUUUCCCAAGGAUCAAAAUUUGGAUUCAGUGGCGAGAUUGUUUGAAAAUCUGGCUGAACUAUGUAGUGUACAAGGAUCUGGAAAUGCAGCAAUAGCUACUAAAAAUGGAGCGGUUGAAUUAAUUUGUUCCCUGUGUUCUGAGAUUCAAAUUGAGCAGGAAAAGGCUCUUGUUUCGACCUUAAAGGCAAUGUCUUCUGUUCUUCAUGAUCUUCAAAGUACAGAAACAUUUCGGGCUAGUGGCGGACCAUCAAUUGUGGUGAAUAUCUUGAAUGGUGGUGUCCAAAAUUUAGAUAUCUUGAACAGUGGUUUCGCUGUAGUUGCUGCAGCUGUGACUGGUAAUGAGGUUUUAAAAGAUGAAUUUAUGGAGUUGAAAAUUGAUGAACUUAUUCUGCAUGCAUUGAAUCGCCCGGGUGAAGGCAGCAUUCAAAGUUUGUAUGAUGCUAUUCGUGUUCUCCUAACACCUGAUGAUAACCGUGUUUUGGCUUCACAAGUUUAUGGUUAUGCAAGGAAAUUUGCAAAGAUUGGAAUUGCAGAAGCUCUGGUGGCUUCAUUGCAGACUGAGCUUAGCUCACCUAGUCUAGUGUCAGCUAGCAUUGCUUUAAAGGCUGUUGCAGUUAAUGAUGAAAUAUGUAGAUCCAUUGCUGAAAAUGGUGGAAUUGAUGCUUUGCUUCGAUGCAUUGAUGACAGUGGGGAACAAGGCAAUAAAAGUGUCGCUAGAGUUUGCUGUUCUUUGCUCUCUAAGUUGGCUGGAAGUGACACAAAUAAAAACGUUAUCAUUGAGAAAGGAGGUUUGGACAGGCUAAUCAAACUCGCAGCCAGAUUUUCUGAUGACCCUUCUGUCCUACAUGAGGUUAUGUCAAUUAUCUCUAUACUUUCUUUGAGGUCACCGGAAAGAGCAGCACGGGCAAUGGAAGCUGGGUCUGGUGACCUUGCCAUCCAAGCCAUGCAGAAGUUUCCAGCAGCACAACAAAUGCAGAAAAGUGCCUGUCUCAUGAUCCGUAAUCUUGUUGCUAGGAACCCUGAAAACAGAACUAUUCUGUUAAAUAAUGGCGUUGAGAAGCAUAUAAGGAAAACGAAACAAAACCACGAGUUCUGUAGGGAGGCUGCUACUGACGCUCUAAGGGAUCUGGGACUUGAUGAUUACAACUCAUAAUUCUCGGUCACUGCCCUAUUCACUUCUUUGCUAGGACAUGUUUUUUCCUCUCUACUUUUUACGUUUUUUCUUUUCCAUUAAAAUGUGUGCGCUUUAUUCUGUUCCUGUACGCUCUAACUUGAUUAUACCCAUAAAGAAAAAAGGUUCAAGUGUGUCAAGCAACUACGGAAAAGGUAGAAAGGAAAAAGAGUGUAGUCAUAUUGACUGAUUGAUGUAUUGGGCACUGUUCAGAUUCUUUAUGUCUGGGCUAAGAAUUUUAUUUGGCCUCUCAUUGCGUUCAA